GAGAUGGCUUCUUUACAAAGGAAAGGGCUGCAGGCAAGGAUUCUCAGCUCUGAAGAAGAAGAGAAACUGAAAAGAGAUCAGGCUUUGGUGUCUGAUUUUAAGCAGCAAAAACUGGAAAAAGAGGCUCAGAAGAACUGGGACCUUUUUUACAAAAGAAAUAGUACUAACUUCUUCAAAGAUAGACACUGGACCACAAGAGAGUUUGAGGAGCUCAGAUCAUGUAAAGAGUUUGAAGAUCAAAAAUUGACUAUACUUGAAGCUGGCUGUGGUGUUGGGAACUGCUUAUUCCCACUUUUAGAAGAAGAUCUGAAUAUCUUUGCCUAUGCCUGUGAUUUUUCUCCAAGAGCGGUUGAAUACGUCAAGCAAAAUCCUUUAUACAACGCAGAAAGAUGCAAGGUAUUCCAGUGUGAUCUAACCAAAGAUGACCUUCUGGAACAUGUGCCCCCAGAGUCUGUGGAUGUUGUCUUAUUGAUAUUUGUACUCUCUGCUGUUCACCCUGAUAAGAUGCACCUUGUCUUAAAAAAUAUUUACCAGGUAUUAAAACCAGGUAAAAGCGUCUUGUUUCGGGACUAUGGGCUGUAUGAUCAUGCCAUGCUUAGGUUUAGAGCUGGCAGCAAACUUGGAGAAAACUUCUACGCUAGACAAGAUGGAACCAGAUCAUAUUUUUUUACUGAUGAAUUCCUGGCUCGGCUCUUUAUGGACACAGGUUAUGAAGAAGUGGUGAAUGAGUAUGUGUUCCGUGAAACAGUGAACAAAAAAGAAGGCCUGUGUGUGCCAAGAGUUUUCCUUCAGAGCAAAUUCCGAAAGUGUCCUAAGAACCCAUCUCCUGUGAGCCUGGGCCUGGAUCCCAAGUCCUGACUUGUCACGAGGUUGACGUUUAUGCCUCCCCUCAUAGAGGAAAGCUUAAAGUCACACUUUAUUUUGGAUAUUUUUAUAUUUUUCUAAAAAUGAGGAUGUGUAAUUUUUAAUAUUAAAAAGUAGCAAGUG